AGGACCAGAGUUGAUCUCACCUUGGGAAGGACUCUGAAGCCCGGCCCGGUCGAGAGCUCUCCCCUGACUCCCAGCUGGGCGUCCCUGGCCCGCACCAGCUGCGCACGCGGCGGGGGCACCACACCUGCGUGGGUCUUCUCCAUCCCCAGCUGUGAGACCGAGUCCCGGAGGGCGCCCCACACCUGCUGCGGCAGUGCCCCAUUUCCCCGCAGCUGCGGGACUCCCCCUCCCCGCCCGACCCAUGCUGAGAGUCCCGCGCCCAGGGCAGGUGCAGGCGGUUCCCAGCGCCCCGCGAAACCGCCCUUCCAGGUUUUCCUCUGCAAUUGUACCGCUGAGGGUUAGAGAAAGAUCAUGUGGGGUUUAUGGGCAGGUGUCUGCCAGUCUCCAUUCCUUUGAGGAGAGAAGACCUUCCUAAAUAUGUAGUUUCAUUUCCUAGCCUGGUGUCUUUUUGGUAAAGCACUUUGGAAGUGGGAUGCAGCAGGGACAGACUGCUGAAUCUUCAGAGCAACUCCUUUGAGGAAUGUUAUAAUUUCCUACCUCUCAAAAUAACCUCAAUGGUCCCUGCGUUCCCCUCACUUUCCCCAAUAUCGAACUGAACAACCGGUGACUGUAAAGCUAGCUAAACCACUGAAGCUUGAUUGGGUUUUCUGAGAUCUCAGGAAACUGGGUUGCUGCCCCCAAGGUCUGGUCGAUAGAGACUCCAUUUCCAUAGGCAAAGGGCUGGGAGAACUCAGUUUUGGAUUUCUGCAUGACAUCUGCCCUGACCAACCCUUAAACAGAAAGGAUCAGCCAUACUUCAAUGGACCCGAGGGGCAUCUUGAAGGCAUUUCCCAAGAGAAAGAAAAGUCAUGCCAAUUCAUCAUCAAAAGCAUUGACAAAGAUUCCCAAGAGGGAAGAGGGAGAAGAAGCAGGAGAGUGGCUGAGCUCCCUGCGGGUUCACGUUGUGCCCACUGGCAUUGGACGAGCCCGGGCAGAACUCUUUGAGAAGCAGAUUGUUCAGCAUGGUGGCCAGAUAUGCUCUGCCCAGGCCCCAGGGGUCACUCACAUUGUGGUGGAUGAAGGCAUAGACUGUGAGCGGGCCCUCCGCCUCCUCAGACUGCCCCGGCUGCCCCCAGGAGCUCAACUGGUGAAGUCAGCCUGGCUGAGCUCCUGCCUACAGGAGAGAAGUCUGGUGGACACAGCUAGAUUCAGCGUCUUUAUCCCCAACAGGUACUUGGAUCAACCACAGCCAACCAAAGUGAACCAAGACUCUUCUGCUCCUCCUGGCCCUUAUGGGGUUCGGCCUAGGACAGCCCUUUCUCCUCCGCCUCCUCCUACCAGAGCUGUAUCUCCUCCCCAGAAGGCAGAAGAAGCAUCAAGCUCUCAAGUCCAGCCCAGCUCCGAUGAUGAAACCAGUGACGGAGAAGGGCCUCAGGUUAGCACAGCUGAUCUGGAAGCUCUGAUCAGUGGGAAUUACCCCACCCCACCUGAGGGAGAUGGUGAGCCUGGCCCAGCCCCAGAGGCCCUGAAUAAGUGGGUGUGUGCACAGCCCUCAAGCCAGAAGAUGACCAACCACAACCUGCACAUCACAGAGAAGUUGGAAGUGCUGGCCAAAGCCUACAGUGUCCAGGGAGAUAAGUGGAGGGCCCUGGGUUAUGCGAAGGCCAUCAAUGCUCUCAAGAGCUUCCACAAGCCUGAGGCCUGCAGUAUCCCUGGGAUUGGGAAGCGGAUGGCUGAGAAAAUCAUGGAGAUCCUGGAGAGUGGGCAUCUGAGGAAACUGGACCACAUCAGUGAGAGCGUGCCUAUCUUGGAGCUCUUCUCCAACAUCUGGGGAGCUGGGACCAAGACUGCCCAGAUGUGGUACCAUCAGGGUUUCCGAAACCUCGAAGACAUACGCAGCCUGGCCUCCCUGACUGCCCAGCAGAUGAUAGGCCUGAAACAUUAUGAUGACUUCCUGGAACGCAUGCCCAGAGAGGAGGCUGCAGAGAUUGAGCAUACAGUCCGGGUGACAGCCCAGGCCUUCAACCCUGGGCUCCUGUGUGUGGCAUGUGGCUCUUACCGCCGGGGGAAGAUGACCUGUGGUGAUGUGGACGUGCUCAUCACUCACCCAGAUGGCCGGUCCCACCAGGGCAUCUUCAGUCGUCUCCUUGACAGCCUUCGGCAGCAAGGGUUCCUCACAGAUGACUUGGUGAGCAAGGAGGAGAAUGGCCAGCAACAGAAGUACUUGGGUGUGUGCCAGCUCCCAGGACCAGGGCGGCGGCACCGACGACUAGACAUUAUUGUCGUUCCCUACAGUGAGUUUGCCUGUGCCCUGCUCUAUUUCACUGGCUCUGCCCACUUCAACCGGUCCAUGCGGGCUCUGGCCAAGACCAAAGGCAUGAGCCUGUCAGAACAUGCCCUCAGCACAGCUGUGGUCCGGAACACUCAAGGAGUCAAGAUGGCGCCUGGCCGAGUGCUGCCCACACCCACUGAGAAGGACGUCUUCACACUCUUGGGCCUACCCUACCGACAACCAGCAGAGCGAGACUGGUGACUUAGGGUCACAGCACAGCAGCCCAGCUGAACCAACUUCUCCCGUGAUCAUCCAGUACCCCCUCCAGCUUCAUCUGGCUGAACUUUACACUUAGCCAUCUGCUGUCCUCUGUGAGCCCAAACCUGGGGCUCUGGGCCUGAGGGAAAGAGCCUGGCUCCCAAGGCUUUCCCAUGCCGGAUCAGGCUGCUCUCUCUUCUACCCUACCACCAACCCAGGGUAGUUUUACAACAGCCUCUUGCCCCAUUUUAAGCAGGACCAGGUAGCUGGUUUGAAGUCAGCUUCCUGUGCUGAAGGCCCAGGCAUCCCCCUUUUAACCCGAGAAAGAUCUGGCUGCUGGGGGCGGGAUGGAAGCUACAGAGGGGGAGGGAAGCUGCUGUGGUCUCAGCAUCACCCAGGACCCUGAGUGAGCCAUCCACAUGCAUUCCCUCCACCUACCCCACUUCCUGUACAGCUGGAGCUGCUGGAAAGGGGCUAUCCUGGGCUCCAUGAGGACAGCAUCUGAAGGCCCAGGGGCCCAGUAAAAUGCAUUUGACAUUCAGCCUGCCUAGUGUCUGUGAAUUGCUAUAGCCCCUGCCUGCCUUCUUCUAACCAGGCAGGACAGAGAUGGGAGCUGAGUGGCAGAACCCAGAAAAACUUCAUUAACUGCCUUCUUAGAGAGGCCUGACUGAAUCAGCUCUUGAAUCUAGAAUGGGGACUGGGGUGGAUGUGAAAAGGGGGAAUCAGCCAAGUGUGUUGGCACAAACCUGUAAUCCUAGUUACUCAAAGGCUGUGGCAGGAAGAUAACAAGUUCAAGGCCAGCCUUGGCAACUUAACAAGACCCUGCUUCAAAAUUUUUUUAGGGCCAGCAUUGUGGCUCUGUCAUAGAAGUGCUUGCUUAGCACACAUGAGGCCCUGGGUUUGAUCCUCAGCACCAUAUGAAAUAAAAUAAAGGUAUUGUGUCCA